AUGCCUCGACAUAGAAGAAGUAAGAUCGCUCCAUCCAGACCUCAACAAAAGGUGUAUGCCCCCCCCCCACCAACACGUGAGGAGGAGUGUGCCAAAGCAAAUGACUUGAUCGAGAUUCUCAAGUCCUUUGGAUGCUUUGAGAGCAACGUGGAGCUGAGACACAGAGAGCAUGUGGUCCAGAGACUGCAGUCACUGUUCAGAGAGUGGCUCGUAGAGAUGUGUUGGGAAAAGAAUUUUCCAGACAUCAUCCCGGAGAGGGUUGGAGGGAAGCUCGUCCCUUUUGGCUCCCAUCACCUAGGGGUCGCCUCGAAAGGUGCCGACAUAGACAUCCUCUGUGUGGGACCGGGUUUCCUCCAGAGGAAGGACUUCUUCUCCUCUUUUGUUGGAAAACUGAAGAGGCAGAGAGAGGUCAAAGACAUAACAGCCAUUGAAGAGGCGUUCGUCCCUGUGGUCAAACUGAGCUUUGAAGGAAUUGAGAUAGACUUAGUGUUUGCCAGGGUGGCCAGGAAUAGAGUCCCAGAGGGAAUGGACCUGCUCCGAGAGGAUUGGUUGCUGGGGAUGGACAUCCAGUCCGUGAGGAGUCUGAAUGGCUACAGAGUAACAGAGGAGAUCCUCAGGCUUGUGCCCAAUAUUCAGAACUUCAGACUCGCUCUGAGGACCAUAAAGCUCUGGGCCAAACAAAGAAACAUCUACUCCAACUCUUUGGGUUUCCUGGGCGGCAUUUCCUGGGCCAUUCUUGUAGCCAGAAUCUGCCAGGAGUACCCGACCGCCUCAGCCUCCACCCUGGUCACAAUGUUUUUCAAGGAGUACAACAUGUGGAAGUGGCCGAACCCCAUCAUGUUGAGGGAGUUAAAAGACUGUCAUUUCAACCUUCCUGUGUGGGAUCCAAGGGUUAAUCAGGCAGACCGCUCCCACACUAUGCCCAUCAUCACGCCGGCAUACCCAAUGCAGAACACUGCAUUCAAUGUGACUCCCUCCACCUUGGCCAUCAUGAAGGAGGAGAUCCAGCGCGGCCACACUAUCGCCAGCUGGUCCAAACUCUUUGAGAAGCCCAAUUUCCUCAGGAAGUACAAGUAUGUAAUAAUCUGCCCAAAGAUGAACAAAACACACAGCCCUUCUUAAAUAUGGACAAUUCCAAUUAGUUCAUCAGUCCUUCUUAGCUCUGAUAUUUGAAACGUAUACAUGUUUGUGACGGUCUUGAUGUCUAAAGCUUUUUGUAAUUGUAUAAGUUUGCUUUCAAAGAAGGCAGAUCUUUAUACCUGAUGUUUUUCAUGCUGUGUUCUUUCUUAAUGAAGAUGUAUCAGUGUGAAAAUUCACUCUGUAUAAAAUACUGUUCUGCAUAUCUUCCUCUUAAUGGUGUAUUCGUUUUCACACGUAGUGCUUUAUAGUGCGUGAAUUGGUAUUUGAGUUUAUAUGAAUGUGAGCUCCUUAAGGCAGACUCUUUAUAUAUUGCUGAAUGUAACUGAUGGAUGUGUUUUUAACCGACUCUCUUUUGACCUGAACACAAACUCUUCAAUGACUUUUGUGAAUGAACGUGCAAAUGUUUGUAAUUUGCAGUUUUUUUCUUUGUAAUGCGCGACUGAUUUUAAUUUGUGCUUGAUUUGAAAAGAUGAAUCCCAGUUUCUUAAUGAGGGUGUAUAUGUGGUUUUCUGUUUUCUGUUAUUAACUGAACAUUAAGACAGACUUUUGUUCAAGCAGUGUUAAGAAGUUGAUCAUGUGUUUGUGUGGAUAAUAGUUUAACCUGUAAGAAAUAUUAGACCUUCAUUUAAUAGUUGAAUGCUGAUUGUUUUAUGUGCAGACCAGGUUGUGCUGUUUGCUGUUGUUCACUCAAAAUGUGGAGAUUUAAGAAGCUGUUCAUGUGUUCUGUCUGACUUUAAAUUGUAAUAUGGUCCAGUUGAAUAAAUCUGCCGUGUGUUUUGA